ACCACCCCAUGAAUCCAAUUAAAAACAAAAUUAAAAUUAAAAUAAAUUAAAAAAAGGCUCUUUCUUAUUGGUUGUGCCUAAGAAUGUGGAUUUAGGGUCGUGUCCAUGCAAGAAUUGCUCACUUAAGAGUGCCAUGCAAAGUUAUAGAUCCACAUGUCAACUUUACGACAUACGUACUCCAAACAAACAUAACUGUUAAUAUCCAACAAACAACGAAGGCCACAGGAGUGAAGAAAUUCCUUCAUCGAUCAAACUGCAGAAUCAAAGUAAAAAAAACAAAGCCGAAGACACAAAUUAUAUAUCCUUCAUUACACCUUGUGGUCAUUGGCUUUUGAUUUAUGGAUGACAUACAGACAGAUUAUGAUGCCAACCCCAGCUUUACACAGAUCUUGGUAAUCUCAUCUAUUGGGUUGAUAUUUUUCAUAGCAUUGCAUUAUCACCUCAAAAAGAUUAGAGAUCAAAAGAUCAUUCCACGUUUAAGAUUAUCGCGCGCAGGUCACCCCCCAAAACUCGAAAGAUUCUCUCAUUACGUAGCUAGGCAAAUGGGGUUCAAGGAUAGACGAAUCGGUCCUGAUCUAAACAGAUUGGCUUCUGAAUACAUAAGCAAAUAUGAGGGGUUUGAAGAUGAUAUAUAUGCCUAUUUUGAGAAUGAACCAGAUGCUGAUUCACUUUAUGUCAAGUUGGUGGAAGAGUUUGAGAGAUGCAUUCUUAGUUACUUUGGAUUUCAUUGGAAUCAUUGUGAUAUAUUGAUAAGUCAGGUGUUGAGCUCGGAAAUUUCUGAGCCAAAAAAGAAGUUAAAGAACAUAGUUAUGGCCGCCACUAGGGAUCAAAGGUUUGAGAGAGUUGCCAAGAGUCUGAAGGUGGCUAGUGUUUUUAAUACAUUAGUGGAAGAGAUGAAAGCGAUGGGUAUUGCAGUAAAUGAUGACUCUCAAUGUACAGAGGUAAUGGCUCCUGUAGCUCACAGUGAUAGGAGCCCGGUCCUCCUUCUAAUGGGGGGAGGUAUGGGAGCUGGCAAGAGCACAGUACUCAAGGAUAUUCUCAAAGAACCUUUCUGGGCAGGAGCUUCAGGAAAUGCCGUAGUCAUUGAAGCGGAUGCCUUCAAAGAAUCAGAUGUCAUCUACAAGGCACUUCGCUCAACAGGCCAUCAUGACAUGAUUCGAACGGCCGAACUGGUACACCAAUCAUCCACAGAUGCAGCAUCAUCCCUCUUGGUAACAGCACUAAAUGAGGGUCGUGAUGUAAUUAUGGACGGCACACUCUCCUGGGUUCCAUUUGUUGUGCAGACAAUAACAAUGGCUAGAAAUGUUCACCGCCGCCGUUAUCGCAUGGGAGUUGGCUACAGAGUCAACAAAGACAGAAGCGUAACUGAAAACUAUUGGGAACGAAUUGAAGAUGAAGAACCUGAACAAAUUGGAGGAAAAAAGAGAAAACCAUAUAGGAUUGAGCUUGUUGGAGUAGUGUGUGAUGCUUACCUUGCUGUUGUUAGAGGCAUAAGGAGAGCUAUCAUGUGUAGAAGAGCUGUGAGAGUAAAAUCGCAAUUGAAAUCCCACAAGAGAUUUGCUGAUGCAUUUAUGACAUACUGUCAAUUAGUAGACAAUGCCCGUCUAUACUGCACAAAUGCAUUGGAAGGCCCAGCCAAGUUGAUAGGAUGGAAAGAUAGAGACAGAACCUUGCUGGUUGAUCCAGAUGAAAUUGACUGUUUGAAGAGGGUUGCAAAGUUAAAUGAAGAUGCCAACUCCAUAUAUGAACUCUACAAACAACCCAACCCAGCUUGUGAAGCCGGAUCCGUAUGGAAAGACAUUGUAUUAUCUCCUUCAAGGUUGAACAUCCAACAAGAGCUCAAAUUUUCAAUCCAAGAAAUUGAGCGCUUGAAAUGAGAACUUCAAGGAGCACAUAAAAGUUCCCACCUACGCAUCUUUUCAGACAAGGAUAAUCAGAUGAAAACCAUCAAGAGCAGACAAGUAAACCAUGUUGAAAUUUGUGACAUAAGAUUUUUUGUAUGUUUUAUCAAUGUUAGCUAGUUACCUGUAUAAACAAACAGCGUGUAGUCAGAAUUUUGUAGCAAACUGCUCAUAUGCAGUCAAUGCCUGUAGAGUACAUACUGCACAACGGUCAAACCAAUCAAUCAAACAACCUACAUGGAGAAAUUCUUUAAUAAGGGAGGGCUCGCAUAACAAAAGUGGCAUGCAUCUACAGUAGGUAUAUCUCGUUAUUAGAGUAUAUCAGAUUAGAAUCAGUAAAAACGGUUGGUUAGUUAGUUACUAUUAGAAUGUCUGAAACUGUAAUUUGCAAUUAUUCAUAGAUGCAGAAAGUAUAGAGAUGUAUGAACAGAAUACUGAAUUAAGCUUCUCUGUUUUUAUUGAAUGAAUUCUAUUACAAUUACAAUAGAGGCUAAUAAUAUUUAUAGGAUGCCUAAAGGAUAGGGAGAGACUGACUUUAGCCAGUUUACUGAUUGACAUGUGCCAGUCAGUUAGUUACAUCAUAGCUUAGUUAGAGACAUUACAACAGAUUCAGUUACAUGGCUUAACAUAAUCAGUUAGACGGUAAUGCUUCAGUAAGACAGGGU